UUGGGAGGAAAUUCUUCCAAGUAUCUGUAGCCAUCCAAGCAUUUCGGGCACAUGUGUGCAAAGUUUUCUUCCCAUCUCACGUGACAUGAGGCAGAAGCUCAAAUACAUUACACAAUAAUCAAAAUAUGCCUCUGGAAAAGUGGAGCCAAAAGAAGUGAAGCUGCUGCAAAAAAAGUGGGAAGAGGAAUGCAACUGAAAGGCAUUCACUUUGACAGUCUUCAAGGAAGACAUUUGAGAAUGCAGAAUUUCAAGCUCUGCCUUUAAAAGAAGCCCAGUUUGCAACACGAACAACGAAUCCCAGGAAACUGAACAACAAUCUGCCACAGUUAAACAUCUGUUUACAAUUCAGCAGAUUUUCCGGUCGGAUGUCAAGAAUCAGUAUCUUCUUCAAAAGCGUUUAUGAUCGUGUUCACCAUGAUCUUCCUGGUGCUGUUUGUCUGGAUUGCACCCUGUGUAGCCAACCAGCUUCUCAGCAGCUUUCUAAAAGCAGAAAUUCAGAAAGGUUCUAAGCAACUUAUAUGUAGUUUGCCAGGGCCACAAGGUCCCCCAGGGAUACCUGGACCACGCGGUGCAGCUGGGAAUAUGGGAAGGAUGGGCUUCCCGGGAAAAGAUGCAGAAGACGGAAAGGAUGGGGAAAAAGGAGAGAAGGGUGAAGAAGGUCCACAAGGCAGAACAGGGAACCAAGGCAAGCCAGGGUCAAAAGGAAAAGCGGGAGCCAUUGGCAAAGCUGGCCCCAGGGGUCCAAGGGGCCUGAAGGGAAACCCUGGGAGAAGUGGAGGUCCGGGAAAGAAAGGGCCCAAAGGAGUCCAGGGAGACUUGGGGAUGCCAGGUCCCUGCAGCUGUGGGGCCAGUAAAGCCAAGUCAGCCUUUUCUGUUGCUGUGACCAAAAGCUACCCACGAGAGCGCUUACCCAUCAAAUUUGACAGGAUUCUCAUGAAUGAAGGUGGGAAUUACAACACAUCAAGUGGGAAAUUUAUAUGCAGCAUCCCUGGCAUCUACUACUUCACCUAUGACAUCACUUUGGCCAAUAAACACUUGGCUAUUGGGCUGGUGCACAACGGGCAGUACAGGAUAAAGACAUUUGACGCCAACACGGGGAACCAUGACGUAGCUUCUGGAUCAACCAUCCUUCCCUUGAAGCAGAAUGAUGAGGUCUGGCUGCAGAUAUUCUACUCGGAACAGAACGGACUCUUUUUUGAUCCCUACUGGACUGACAGCCUUUUCACUGGUUUUUUGAUAUAUGCUGACCAGGAUUACCUCAAUAACACAGCCAACAUCAGCAAACCAUAGGAGAAUGCAGAGCAUGAGAUCUUAUUGCCAUAAUGUACAUGCAUCUCUGAAACAUUCUUCCUCUAUGAAAUUCAGCCUAAAUGGACUGCAGCCUGCCUAUGUAUAUAGGUAGCCCAAGUCAUUGUGUUUGUCUUUUCGUGCCAAGAAUAAACUAAAGAUUCAUAUAAUGUAUAAAAGGGAGAGGGGAGAAAGAAAAACACCUAUUUUAUUAGGAUUCAUAUUCCACAAUGGAGAAUUUGUCUGGCCCCAGCCUGGGACAACUGAAACAGUUGACGUGCUCAGUAUCAACCAAAUCAGACAAUUUCUCCGUCUACUUCACUGCUACCGUCGAUAAGCGAAGGGAUUGAACCAAAACUUUCUGCCCUCAAAGUAUGUGUUCCACCAUGACCUUUGGUCCUUCCCCUGCAACCAGAACAUCUGCUUCUUAAAAAAGGUUUUUCAAACACUGCUCUUGUUUUUUUAUUGUUAGUUGUAUAGCAUGUCCUAACGGUGUGUGGAGCUCUUGUAAGAGAUCAUUGGGGCAUCAAUGCCCAUUUUCUCAUUACACUUUCCCUAUGGCACUUUUCACAUGUUUUGUAUCCACCCAGGCAUAGGGAAUGAAGGGCUGCUUUGCAUUUCGUCAUUCCAAAUCAAGUUAUUUCAAAACUCAGAUUUGGAUUUUUGAAACCUUUUUUAAAGCAUAUUGGUUAAACAAGCAAAUAGCCAUCCAAUGACCCUCUCUUCACACAAUCAUGGUUCCUUUCCAUAGGAAUGCACACUGACUGCCCAAAUAUAACUAGUUUGAUUUUCAACAUGGGAGUCUCAUAAAAGAGUUAUCUUCAUGCAUAUAUCCUUCCCUUCUAGUUGAGGAAGGAGAUUUUUUCCAGAUUUUCUGUAUACUGCCAAAAUGUAUGUGCUGGUGGCCAUAUGCAAAAGUAACAGCUGUUUACCAUUAGUAUUGUUUUGUGAAGUUAAUGAUGUGGCAGUGCUUGUACACAUGGAAAUCAUUUCUAAUUUAACAUUAAAUUAGGGGGCGCAUGACUAUGUAACAAUAAAACCUAAAUAAGUUAUUAGUCUCAAAUAUAGUAAAAACCUUUGAAUCAGAGAAAUCAAAGAGUGAUUUUUCAUUAAUUCAGGGAUAUUUCACACUGGAUAAAUAUGGCACUAUGAUUCUAUUUUAACUACCAUGGCCUCAUCCUAUGUGAUCCUGAAAGGUUUGUAAUUUGUUUAAAAAUCCAAGAGGACCCCACUGGCUGAGGAUCUUAAAUGCCCUUCCUUCCAAUAUCGAUCCUAGGAUUUUGUCAUGUAAAGGCUUACGUACUUCAAGAAACAAAGUUCACAAGGAGUUAGUAAAAGUUUAUUUAAGAUAACCAAGAAGUGAACUAUACUAUGGAUGCUGUCAGACCUGAUGAGUAUUACCUAAACCAUAUAUUUAUAAUCAAUUCAUCCUAUUUGUCUGUGAAGGGAUUCAGUACAACUUUCACAGGCUUUCCCCCCAUUUGCCUAUUAACCAUAGCAUUCCCUCGCCCACCCCUGUACUAUUCUCCCAAGACAAUAAUUUUGGGACUACUGUCGCUUCCCACAGCAGUAUCAAGUCUGCCAAACAAAGAUAAGCAUUCCUAACUAAGGAGAACCCUCCCUACAAGCCUUUGCUAAAGCAAGAAAUAUCAGCAUGUUGAAAACAUGACAUCACCCAUCAUCCAAUACACAUACAUAGAUGUAUAAGCGACUAAAUGAGCAGCUACACAAAGACAUGGCUCAAAGAAACAUGGCAGGAGUUGAGGUCCUGACCAUUUUUUACAAUGCAGCCAUGGUGGUUAAAGUGGAAUCGUAGUGCUUUCAUUAUGUAGUGUGAAAGAACGCUCAGUUGUUCUACUGAAUGGGGAACAUAAAGUGAAAUUAGUGUGAAAACAUCAGGUUAGGCCAGGCUAAUUUAGUGUUUUUAAAAUAUGUAAUCAUUGGUACUAAUGUCAGAAAAUCUACUACUUCUAUAUAUACUGAGAAGAAAAAUAUCAGAUCCAUCCUUUAACUCUCCCUGUAAGUACUAGAAGGAAACUAAGAAUGCCCGUUGCAUUUUAUGCCAAUUUAUGACAUUUAUGAUCCUAGGAAAUGUUGCAGGUAGUUGAUCAAGAAACAGGGCCUGUUGCUUGAAAGGCUCAGGGCCACUGAAGCAUUAGUUGGGAAGCUACAACAGGCCAUAUUAAAGGAUUGAAAGUCUCAACAUUAAUCUUUUAAUGAAGAUAACACCAUUGUGGGCAAACUUUCAGAUUCUCCAGAACUCUGCACCAAAUUGGCUAAGUUAAGAAAACUAAUGUUUAGAACAAAUUAGAACAAAAAAUUUAGAGCUGGAGCAAAAUAAUCUACCACCAAAAAGGAGUUUUCACUUGGUGGAGUUUUGCAUAUCUUCCUUACCUUGUUUGUAAGAUCUCUUAAGUCAUAUCUGCACUGUAGAAUUAAUGCAAUUAGACACCACUUUCAUUGCUAUGGUUCAAUAGUUGCAUUUCAGUUUGAAACUUAUGAAAUACAGAAUAUAAAAUACAGGUCCAGCUUUUUCUAAACCCAAUAAUACUUUUUGUUGUUGUUGUGUACCUUUGAGUCAUUUCCAAAUUAUGGUGACUGAACCUAAAAUCUCAUCUAAUUAAAAGUUCUAGAGAACUCAAAAGCUUU